GCCCAGGGAAACAGUUUCCUUUCUUCACGCACUUCUGCCGGAGCAGAGGAGAGGACGUUGUGGUCGGCAGCGCUUGGGGCAUGGGGACCCCGGGGGUGCCCUGGCCGCUCCUCUGGGCGGUGCUGCAGCUGGGCUGGCGGCCAGGCUGGCUCCUAGAGACUCCCAAAAGGCCUUGGAGUCCCCUCACCUUCCACCCGCCUCAGCUCACGGUGGCCGAGGGGGAGACCGCCACCUUCACCUGCAGCUUCUCCAACACGUCUGAGGACUUUGUGCUCAACUGGUACCGCAUGAGCCCCAGCAACCAGACGGACAAGCUGGCCGCCUUCCCUGAGGACAGCGGGCAGGAAGUCCGCAGGGACCAGCGCUUCCGCAUGACCCGGCUGCCCAACGGACGGGACUUCGAAAUGAGUGUCCUCACUGCCCGGCGCAAUGACAGCGGCAUCUACUUCUGUGGGGCCAUCUACCUGCCCCCCAAGACGCAGAUCCAUGAGAGCCUCCGGGCAGAGCUCACGGUGACAGAGAGAGCCCCGGAACAGCCCACGGAGGGCCCCAGCCCCGCACCCAGCCCCGCAGGUCAGCUACAGGGCCUGGUCAUCGGUGUCACAAGCGUCCUGGUGGGCGUCCUGCUGCUUCUGCUGCUGACCUGGGUCCUGGCCACUCGAGGGGGCUGUGCCUGCCGGAGUGAGGACCAGCCUCCGAAGGAGGGCCCCUCCGUGGGAUCUGUGGACUACGGGGAGCUGGACUUCCAGAGGCGGGAGAAGACCCCGGAGCCCCCCGCCCCCUGUGUGCCGGAACAGACCGAGUACGCCACCAUCGUCUUCCCCGGCAGGCCCGGCUCUCCCCGCAGGGCCUCUGCCGACAGCCCGCAGGGGCCCCAGCCCCUGAGACUUGAAGACGGACACUGCUCUUGGCCGCUCUGACGGCUCCUCGCCGGCCCAUGGCCUUCAGACCCUGCGAUAACUGGGUGGCCGCCCAGGGCUGAGCCUGGUGGGGUCACACCCCUGCACCGUGUCAGCCCUGCCUGGCUCUCCUCUGAAACCCUGAGGGACCUGGACGCAGGAGAGACCACUGUCCCUUCUGGGCGAGGAGAGGAGACUGGCCCAGGGCUCCAGACGCAGACCUGCUGUCCUGAACUGCAGCUCUGUGCCUCCUGCACACCCACCCUGGGUGUCAGAGGGGCUUCGGGAGUCACUGUGCCCCCCUUCCCCCUGCCUCUCAGGGGAGACUGGUGCCUGGACAAGAGGCACGGCGGGUCCUGGUUGGAGACUGUCUUGGGCGGCCAGUAAGGUGCCUCCAGAGCGAGGAAAUCCAGCACACACCUCAAAGGACACAGAGGGACAUGCAAGAGCCUGGCUCUCCCCAGGCCUGGAGAAGAGACUUGGCCGCCCAGGUGGGCAGCACCCCGAGUGGCCUCCUCCAUGGCGCCCAUUUACGGUGCUAUUUAAAGGUGCCUCGGAGGCUCCUGCUUGGGGUGCUGGGUGGGCACCCUCCAGCCAGACUACCACUCCUUGCCCAGCACACACAGGGCGUCAGCUGUCCUGCAGGAUGGCCCGUGGGCACCCAGUGUGGGGGCUCAGAAGCAGGUGUCCUUCGUGGGCUCCACACACACACUGAGCAGCCCUUUCCCUUUCUAUUAUAUUAUCUAUACUAAUAAAAGGGUAAUAUGCUAAUUAGACCGGACAUCUUCUGGACAUCCUUCCAGACGUCCUUCCGGAAAAAGCGGGGCCCAAGACAGAGGCAGUUGGGGGUGAUCAGGCCAGCAGGCAGAAUGGUUAGCAGCAAUCAGGCAGGCAGGCAGGUGAGCGGUUAGGAGCCAGCGGUCCCGGAUUGCGAGAUGGUGCAGGCCGGGCUGAGGGUCCCCCCUCACCCCCGCACGAAUUUCUUGCACCGGGCCUCUAGUAAUUAAAUAAUGACAGAAGCUCAAAGAAAGGCCCCCAGUUCUGUCCUAGUCACAAGGUCAUGAGGGGAGGGGGAGACCCUGCUGGUUCCAGGCAGAUGGAGGGCUCCGGCCUCGAUGUCACUAUUCAAGAAACACACAGCCCCCUGAGGCCCUCAUCUCCACUCCUUUGGCUCCUCCCACACUCACACAGCCUCUGACUUUAGGGGGCUGCUGGACCCCACCCCCCAGGAGCCCUUUCUGGGCUUCAUGCCCCAGGGUCCCACGGCACCCUGCCCCCAGACCACCUCAAUCUGGCACAGGACAUCCCUGAGCGAUUGUGCCUAUAUCUGCCCUGCUGCAGCCCUCAUGAGUCCCCCACACCUUGGGGUCCCUCCUGGGCAGGUCUGUGCCCCAGGCUGGGGCCAGGCCAGGCAGUGGGGGGGCUGCACCAGGCUACCAGCAAGCAGGCUCAGGGUGCAGCCUGCAAAGAGAAUGCCUGGCCCGUCCUCCAGAGGAGACAGGACACCCCCGUGCCAGUUCCCUGACUGCGAUGACAGAUGCCCCCAACCUGUCCCCUCCCAUGGGCCCCAUCCAGGCCCCGCCACUCCCCAACCCUCUGAGCUCACAGCCUGUGCCUGGCACCCUGGGGUCCUGUCCUGGGUGGGGCGGGAGGUGGAGCCACCCAUCCAGGAAGACGCAAGGAUGCCAGAACAGGCCACACGUUCGAGGAACACAGCCUGGGAAGUCUGCAGUGAGCAUGAGCCUGAAAAACACAGUAGGUUCCAUGGGAAAAUACUACAACAACAUGAAAAUCCAGGCAAGGAGCAGAUGUAAAAUUAACAUCCCGAAAUAGAGGGCUGUCACAUAUUCAAACACUGACCAGUUAGCAGAAAAUGUGAUAGUGUUCCGAGAACGGAGAAGGUAAAAUGCCUGCGGCAUGAAUUUAUCGAGAAACGUGCAAACCUGCAGGAGAGCUGGGUGUGGGCCUGAUGGACGGGAAUACACACCCUGGUUAGGAUGACAAGACAUCACUGAGGUGUCAGCUCUUCCUGGGUUCAUUUAUAAAUUUAACAGGAUCCCAACAGAAACCCACAUGUCUGACCUGUAAAGUUCAUGUGGAAAAAUGAACGAGUAACAGCCAAGAAAGCCAUGAAGAGAAAGUGAAAGACUAGCUUUGUCAGAUCUAAACUCACCCAGUUAAAGCAGUGGGAUUAGCUCAUGAAGAGACAAGAGUGAAUGGGACCAGGGCAGAAGGUAGACUUUUUGAUGCAUAGUGUAGGGACCACACUGCAAGCUGGAAACGCAUGCAGGUAGACUCACCUUAUGCCACUCACUUGCAGAAAUCGCCCGGCAGCAGGGGCGUGAGUGUGAGAGAGAAACCCUACAAGACAAGAGAACACGUGAUGAACUAUUCCUCACACUGGCUCAG